CCCGGAUAUCCUUCUCCCGUUUCCGUGGCCGCCAAUCUUCUUUUCCAGAGACCGACUACAGGCUACCAGGAAAACUGCUUGACCUCACGGGACCAAAGAAAAAGAGACCCGUAUGACUUACAUGUGGGCCCCAUAACAGGACGGUCCCACUGUCAUUGAGAAUGCGUACGUACACGCGCCAAAAGUUUUUCGCCCAACCCAAGUCUGUUCCUCCCUCGUGACGGAAUCUCGGAAGGCGAAUCAAUAGCGCGCACAAUCUCUCCUUCCAAAGUUCCAAUCCCCAAUCCACCGCCCGCGAUUCCACAAGGCGCACCCGCCACCGCCGCCGGAGCAUCACCGUCGACCGAUCUCGCGUCCUCCGACACCCAGCCCCGCCCUUCCCUCGCUCCAACCGCCGCUGCGCUGCCCGUGCCCGAGACCACCGGGGACCGCGUCGACCGGCGCAGCAGCUACAGGGACCGGGACUGUGACGUGUGGGAGAGAAGGUUCCCCCCCCAGCCAUGGCGAGCGCGGAUCUGCUGCGGAGGGAGGAGGAGUUCUACUCCUCCCUGUUUGAUUCCGCCAAAGGCGAUGGCGCCAAGUCGCGCUCACAGCUGAUAGAGAAGAAGAUUGAAGUCCUCGAGGACAUGGCCACCAAGGUCAGUAACCGGAGAUCACGAAAGUGGUUGAAUGACCGCUUGCUGAUUGAACUUGUCCCCCGUCUUCAUGUUGAAGAAAUCAAAGGCCUUUUCGCACCUCCACCGUGGGGUGAGGAAGUACCCUUGUCAGCAUUCUGCAGGACAAGUGUUGGUGAAUGGGAUGCCUUCAGGAGCAUUGACAUGGAUGCUGAGGCAAGAUUGAUGCAAAAUAUGAAAAGAUCAUCCCAAAAAACCAGGAAUCAUGUGGACGAAGGGGAAUUGAUUGCGCUGAAUGCCUGGCACCGGAUAGAUCGCCAAACUAGAGAAGCAAUAAAGAGAAAUUUUCUUCCUGAUCUGCUUGAAAUAUAUGAGGAACGAGUUAGGGCCUUCAUUGAAGAUACUAGUGACAAGGAUGUGCUUAUGCUGAACAUCCAGGACCCAUUUCAGAGGCUGCUUCUGCACGGUGUCUGUGAGUUCUACAACGUGAGCUCGACAACCACGAGCAGUGUAAGAGAUGGGAGGCCUUGGAAGACAACCACCAUCAAGAAGAGGCAGGGCACGGGUGUUCCCUCCGCAAUCACUUUAGUUAACUUCCUGAGGAUGAAGAAGAAUGGGUCCCAGUAACGUUAGUUGUGUGAGGACCUGAAGUUUGGGUGCUCAGACCUUGUCUGAGUGUGUACUGAAGUAUCUUGUUGUGGCUUAAGAAGACAACAAAUUUGAUGCUUUAGAUUCCGUUUAGGGCUUUAGGCUGUUCUCAAAUGUAAAUUAUCGGUAUUUCCUUUUGAAACACAUUGCAAUGCAAGUGAUGGGUCACUGGCAAUUACAGUAUGCUCUUAUAUCGCAUCAACCUGCUGGCAAUCUA